CCCCAUCAUGUCGCAGGCUCACGGAUUCCUUGCUGGCCAACAAAGGGCACAGUCCAGAGGCUUUGUUCCCGCCACUCAACAACAAACGCAGCAGCCUGCAGGAUACGCGCAGCCUCACGAUUCCAGGAUGUAUCAGCAGCAGCCUCCCCCUCAGCGACAACCCCCGCAGAACGCGUACCGUCAGCUCGUUGAGCAACAGCAGGCAAGGCUACAGCAGUACAAGCAGCCUUUGCAACGACAACCUGGGCAAGCUGCACCUGCGGGAAACCAACAGCCGCGUCCGCUCUCACAGGGAUUCGGUCAAUCGUCAGGAUUCAACAAUGCACAAAGGCCCCCCUUCCGAUCUCAGCAAUCCGCGGGGAGUACCUCUCAACCCUUCAAUGCGGCGCGAACACCAUCUACUCAGCCAGGUCAAUACUUUGGCCAGUCCCAACCAGCGACAUCUACUUCCCCCAACACCCAAACACCGAUGCAGCGAAUGCAACAUGGCUACUCCAAUAGCACGCCCAACGCUUCUUUCGGCAGUCAGCCACCACCGCAGCGAGGCCCACCGAUCUCUCCAUCCGCGAUCAGAGCCUCCCAAUCGCAGACACCCUCUGUGAUCGCACCAUCCCCGCAACAAGUGCCUCUCCAGCCGCAACAGAUGCAGCGGGGAAGGCCGUUACCUCCCCCGAGGCGCGCCGAUACUAUGCCGCCAGUCCAGCCGGCAUCGUCAUUCGGUGGAAGUACCCCGCAACGCGCGCCCGCGAUGGGUCAGAAUAGGAACAUGUUCCCUCCCCCGCAAGCACCUGCGCGAUCAAUGUCCACUUCCCCCGCACCCAUGACUGCUACACAUAGUAUGCCUAGCCCGACGCGCCAGAUGUCGCGGUCUCCCUCUCCUGCGCCGCCGGCGGUCAUGACCUCCCCUUCGCGUGGGAGUAGGCCUCUGCCAGUCCCCACGCCAGGGCCCUCGCGCGUCAAGCACCAGUCGCUGGACAUCAGUCGUUUACCCAGCGUCAGUGGUCUGCCCAAGUCCAGCUUCGACGGCAUUCCAAUCGCAGGUAGCCCACCAGGCAACGCUUGUCCCGUGAGCCCGCGCAACUUCGCUGCAGGCCUGCCGGAUAUACCCUCGCAAGCGAGCAGGUCUGCCAGCCGAUCUCCCAGUCCCACCAAGGCGCAACCAGUACCACCUCCCCUCCCGCCGCGACAGUCUCCAACGAAGUCCUUCUCGGACAAUAGCGCGACGCCGCGCUCGUUCCCGCCGCCGCUACCGCCUAGACAAUCGCCGACGAAGGAAGACACGGAGUCGGUCCUCCGCAGGCGCGAAAGCCCUCCGAAGUUCGACCUUAUGUCGUCCGACCCGCCCAGCCCUGAGAAGCCCGGGUCGCCGACAAAGUUCGUGCCGUUGUGGAAGCAGCGGCAGCGUACGUUCGCGGCGCCGCCGGUGACGAGCAGCCAGUCGGCCCAGCCGCCGCAGCCGUCGCCGAAGUGGAUCCCGUCACUUCAGCAGUCGUUUCACAGUCAGCCUUCGCAGCGGCAGUCGUACCAGAGCCAGCCGUCGCAGCAGAGCCAGGAACCGCCGAGUCCAUCCGCCUAUUCGUCCCAGUUUUCCCAGUCUCCUUCGAGAUCCGGCAGACCUCUGCCCGCUCCUAAUGGUCGCUCGUUUCCGGGGCCACCGACCGAGCGCUCAGCGUCGCCUGCGUACUCGUCGGAAGAGGAGGACGAAUCUGAGGCGAGCGAGGAGUCCGGGAUAGAACCUCCCAGCCCCGGAUACGGUAUCCGUGACCUGCCGCGCAACAGUCAAGCUCCGCCCCUCGAGGACUACUACGACUACACCAGCGACGGCGGCUCUUCGAGGAAAGGCAGCAACUUCUCGGAUCGCGGGCGGCUGCCGUACCCUCCGCAGAUGGCGCGCUCGCUGCCGGGGCGCGCUGCCAAGCCGCCGGAGAUGACGAGGAUGGCGAAGAGUGCGGCGACGGGGGAUACGGCGAGCAUGACGCUGCGGUUCGCGGCGCUGGGGAUGGAUGACAAUGGGGAGCAGACUCAGCAGAGGGGUGGUAGCGGCAGUGGUCUACCACAGCCGCCGCAGAUGCCAGCGCAGCGACAGCCCAUUGUGCCGGCACAGCAGCAUGCAAUGCAGACUCAGCAACCAGUGAUGCACGCUCAGCAGCCCGUAACGCAGGCCCAGUGGACGAUGAUGCAGGCGCAGUCAUACGCCGCCUCGCGGUCGAGGUCAUCAUCGCCGGCCAAGCGUAUUCCUGGCCAGUGGGACGACCUGGACGACCUCCCUCCGCCACCGUCGCGCUCGCUGCCGCAGCCGCAGUCGCCGCGCGUGACGACGCAUAGCCCGCUGCAGUUCCGCCGCACGCCGCCCGCGUCGUCGAGCACGUCGUCGAUGACGGUGGAGAGCCCGUCGCCGCGAGAUGGAAGGAAUGCGCUACCGAAGAUCAACUUGCCGGACGACGGUGAUGAGGACUUCUCUGGGGGUCCGUCUAUCCAGGUCAGCCCAGCGAUCAACGUCGAGCCGCCUAGCAUCAGCGUCAACGGGCCGCCGAGUAUCAGCGUCAAUGGUCCUCCGAGCAUUAGCAUAAACGCACCCAGUAUCACCUUCGACCCACCGCAAAUCAAUGUCGACCCGCCGAGUAUUAGCGUGUCUGGCGCACCGAGCAUUAAUGUCUCCGCUCCUGCGCCUGUCGACCCGACGGUCAUACCGGUCAUCGCCUACGGGGGCGGUAUCGACGAACCUCCGACGCCGCGCAAGCUGCCUAAGGACCUGCCGCCUGUAAUUAGGAGAGGAGGACUGGCGUGCGGGGGUUGUGGCGGUGCGAUCAUUGGGCGGAUCGUUAACGCGAUGGGCGUGCGGUGGCAUCCGGGCUGCUUCAGGUGUACAGUCUGCAAUGAGCUACUCGAGCACGUCAGCUCGUACGAGAAGGACGGGCGACCGUAUUGCCAUCUCGAUUACCACGAGAACUUCGCACCCCGCUGCUACACCUGCAAAACCGCCAUCAUCGAGGAGCGCUUCAUCAGCCUCGACGACCCCGCUCUCGGCAAGCGCAACUACCACGAGCAGCACUUCUUCUGCGCCGAGUGCGGCGACCCCUUCCUCACGCUCUCCGGCGGGCUCCCAACCACGCGCGCGGGCGAGCUCAGCGUGAGCGGCGACGGGACCUUCGACUCGGGCGAAGGCGUCGGCUUCACCGUGUACCGCGGGCACCCGUACUGCGAGAACUGCCACGUCAGGUUAAGGAUGCCGAAGUGCAAGCGGUGCAAGAAGAGUAUCAGGGAGCAUACGCCGGCGGUGGAGGCGCUCGGUGGGAAGUGGUGUUAUGAGUGCUUUGUGUGUGCGGGAUGCGACCGGCCAUUUGAGGACCCUUCUUUCUUUGAGAGAGAGGGGCAGCCGUAUUGCGAGCACUGCUAUAUGGUGCUGCUGCGUAAUGAUCUAUAGACGGACGGUGGCUGCAUGUGUAGUUAUCCUCGUUGACGCCUCUUGACGCCCUUCCACGAUCUCUUCUUCCCAUCUCUUGUUUUGCAUUCAUGUAGCGUCUAGACGUUGCUCUCGUUGCUUUCGUUCGUAUAUAGUGUACAGUAUCUUGUGCUAUAUAUCAGACUCGAGACUUGACAUAGUCUUCGGUGCUGGAAUAUGUUCCAUGUAUAGUACUACGCCCCGCUCAAGAACUGUAGGCCGCCAAGAUGACCUCCUUCACAACCUCUUCCGCCUCUUCGUCGGUGGCCUGAUAUACGAGUGACUAGUCGAAAACAUCUCGGAUGCUAGCGGACAUGAACUCACCUCCAACUUACGACGAGCGGCAUAUGCGCGCUUGGUGAGUGCUUCCCUCGCGCGCGCGAUGAGCAAGCUCAUGACCAGCCCAAC